AUGGCUACAGCAAAUCCUCCACCGGGCGCGCUCUCGGUGGAGCACCACAAUGGCUCCGACCCCUUCCUCGCGGCGCCGCACGACGCCCACCGGCAGCGAUACUCUGCCUUCGACAACUCGCAGUUCUCUCUCUAUCUUAAUGGAUCACCCCAGCAGGCCAAGCGCGCCCUCGAGGCACACUUGGCAGAGACAACGCGCAGACUACAGGAGACGUCGCAUCUGGGCAGCGCGCUUGUCCAGCAGAGGAAGGAGCUAGAGGACAAACUGAAGGAGGUUGAUCAGCAACAACAAGACAGUGAUAUCGGCCCAGAGCUGCGCCAGAGGCUGGCUGAGCUAGAGAAGGAGUUCAACGAGGUUGGUCGGGAAACGGCUCGCGCCUUUCUCCCCAAGUCUCGCGUCCCCAGUGGCGAGACUGAUCCCACUGGCGGCUCCAUCUACUCUAGCGAAGCGAUCCAGUCACCGACCAAAGUGAGCGUUCCUUCGCGAAAGCAGAGGAACCAGCAGCCUAGUCGCAUCAAUGACAUCGCGCUGGCUACAGAAAUCUCUACGUCUUUGCUUUCUCAGUUGAAGGACCUCCAGGCCGUUCUCCUUGAGAAGGAUGAAGCCCUCAAGGCGGCUGAUCUGGAUCGAUCGCAGCUCGAAAUUGAGGUCGAAGGCUUGUCGCAACGUUUACGGACACUCGACGAAAGCGAAUCGCGGCUCAAAGACGUCAACUGGAACCUUGAGACACAGGUCCGCGAGUCGGAGACACAAUUCAAGUCAGCGGCAGACAAGGAGCGAAGUCUCAACCAUGCUCUGGACCUAGCACGUACUGAGAGAUCAACCUUGGAGAAGGAGUUGGAAGAUCUGAAGCAGAUGUACACGAAACUCAAUGACGAUCACAUCAACAAAACCAAGCAGCAUGAGACUGAGCUUUCUAGUUUGCGGCGAGUUGCAGCCAUGACAGAGACGGAGAAAGGUGCAAUGCAACGCAAGGUCGAAGAGCUCACGUCCAAGAACCAGGAGCUAGCUCAAGCUAUUGCUUACCGCGCAAGAUCAGAACAUCGUGGUCGAUCUGAGGGAUCGUCUGACGAUGAUCGUGGUGUGAGAUUCCAAUCUCGUACCCCAGAACAUUCACCUGAACCUUCUCCAAGCAAGGCCACACCACGCCAUGGUAUGCUCGAAUCGGAAACACUCAAACACUCGCUCCAGCACGCCCACCGUAUGAUCCAGCAACUCAAGAACAACAUCCACCGUGAAAAGACCGAAAAGAUCGAGCUGAAACGUAUGCUUCAGGAUGCCCGUGAUGAGGUUGACGCUCAGCGCGCUCUGGCUGGACCUGGUAGUGCAAGUAGGCGACGGAAGAGUGACAAGGCUGCCUCCAUGAAACCACCUCCGCGAGCUGAUCGUCUUGGAGCAUUGCGUAACGUCUCACAAGAGAUUGUGGAAGACGACGAAUGGGAAGAACAAGACAUUGUACCUGAGACCCCAAGUAGGCCACCACAACACUUGAACUCUGUACCAGGGUCCUUCCCAAGCGGCUUCAGUUCCGCCGCAGAGACGAGCGCAUACGAAAGCGCUGACACUGCUAACGAAACAUCGGAUGCUGCUUUCGAGACUGCCAACGAACGUGAUGGCAUGGCGACUGAAUCUGACGCGUUCCAAACCGGAGCUGAGACCCUUGACGGAGAUAGCAGCGAUCAGCUGACUGAGACUGAAGCAGGACCUGCCAAGUCUAGUGCGCGACGGAGUCGACCAUCCAUCUCACAAGGUGGUCGCAUCAAUUCCUACCGAAGUACAGCCUCCGCCUCUGGCGACGAAUAUGAUUCAGACUUCAGGACUCCUCUUCACCACCAGAGUUCUCGCUUCAGGUUGAAGGCUCGGGACAGCAGUUCGCGGAGAUCGACGCCAAGAGGUUUGGAUUUCUUCGCAGGUACGCCACCCGCGUCAAGAGACUCUCCUGCCGGCUAUGUUAGCAGCAGCAACGAGAACACUCCGGCCCAAGGCAAGAGUCUGUUAGCAGAGUUGAACGAUCUGAGUGGAGACGACGACGAUGCCAGUUCUGUGGAGGGUUCGCCAAGUCGAUCCAGUGUCGUGUAUUCCAGCCAUGCCACGCCAGAUCCCCUAAGGAAGGCCGUUCUUGGAAGGUCCCUUCUUCAGUCGGAUGCACCCAAGCCGACUAUGGUGGAUUCGGGCACGAUGACAGAAGCAGAUGUUCCUGAACCCAUCUCCAUAUCUUCCAUUUCAAGCCAGAACACUCAACCGCAAGCCGUUCCCUUGCCUACAUUGCGAGUCUCUGCCCUGCAUUCGCAAGAUACGAGCCCGCAAGCUCUACCCCGUCAAGAUCUCAAAGUCUCCUUGGUCUCCUCGCAAGACACCGAACCCAAGCAUGUGCUUCCGCCAACUCUUGGGCUCUCUACCCUUUCUGGCCAUGCUACCAGCCCUCAAACCCCUAAGAUACCCCAACUGGCUGUAUCAUCUUUCUCAAGUCAAGGAACCGAGCCAAGAGUUCCUUCAGCUCCGUUGUUCGCAAUUUCUUCGCUGAACGCACAAGAUACAACGCCACGUGCUGUACCUAUCGCUCCUCUAAAGAUGUCGUCGGUGUCUGCCAAUACCACCGAGCCUCGACAUGUUGCUCCUCCUUCUCUGGGGGUAUCCACCGUGUCAUCCCAAGGUACUGACCCUAUUGUACCAGCGGUGGACAAGGUCAUUGCUCCUUCUCUGGACGUGUCGUCUAUCUCUCAGCAGACUACGGAACCCCGGGAAGCUCCGGCCCCCAAGCUACUGGCUCCAGCAGGCCUUUUCACGUCUGCUAUCUAUGCGCAGGCGACAGAGCCUACACAGCACGACGAAUCUACCUCGGCGUCGGAGUCGAGGUCAAUCUCCGAUAUCGUUCCAGCAUCUACUGCACAAGACUCUCAUCACAGCAAACAGCCUGCACCACUCCAGAUGUCAAGCUUGUCUGCUCACGCGACUGAGCCUAGGGACGUACCCUACAAACCGACAUUGCUGCAGAUGUCUUCUUUGUCGUCUCACACGACUGAGCCUAAGGAUCUACCUCGUGCGGUCCCAUCCACGUUCUCUGUAACGUCCGUUCAAUCAACAGAACCGCUGGCGCCGAGACCCAGCAAGCAGCAGUUUUCUCAACUUUCCGCACAGGCUACCGAGCCUGCUGCACUGCGGCAACCACAGUUGGAACUGUCAAGUUUCUCUGCUCGUUCUACUGACCCAGUGGAAAUCCCUAAAGCAGACCCGCCACAGCUCUCGUCGCUGUCCUUCCAGACAUCCCAUCCUGUGGAGCCUAUGAGAGGAGCACCGUUCUCGUUCUCCGGGCUGUCUUCACGGUCAACUGAGCCAGUCGUACCAGAGAAGUCGUCUCCUGCCAACUUCUCGGGGGUCUCGUCUCAAGCUACUGAACCCGUACAGCCAAAGCAGGCACCUCUGCAAUUGUCUGUCCUUAGCGGACUUCAGACCGAACCGGUCACACCCCCUGCUCCUUCGGCUUCUGUACACAACAUUUCCGAUGUGCGAACUGUCCAGGAUACUCAGCCUGAGUCGCCGACGCUUCCGGCAUUCCUGCCAACUCCGACAAGUCGUCCAUCCACAGCGAAUCGUGUUUCAGCUCCCACCAUGACAUUGUCUCCUGUUGCUACACAGGGCACUGAACCAUUGACACCGUCAAGACCUGUUACUGCUCAUCGGGCCGUCGCGCCUGCUGUAACUACCAGUGCUUCUUCCCAGACAGAAGCAAUGGAGAACAAGCAAGUAUCUACGCCAAAGCUUGGUUAUUUUGACGCUACACUACCCUCGGAUAAGGAUGUCACAUCAGAGAUGAGCACCCCACGAGUUGACAGCACGGAUGGUCGUAUGCCUCUUACGCCUGUGAAUGCCAAUGUUGUUAGGGAAACGCCCCGAACACCAAUGACAGACGGAGGCACUCAGACAAUGGUGUCUGCCCAGCAAAUCGACAAGCUACUGCUCGCCCGGAGUCAGCGAUGGAGUAGUUUGAUCACCACGUCCGGGCUAGAAAAGUCACUGUCUCCACCUGAGUCGCCUGGUAAAAAGUACGCAAAUGAGCCAAGCCGAACACCCAAGCGUCCUGGUAGCUCUGGAAGUAUGCGCUCUCGCGCUGCAACACCGCCACCACUGCCUUCGGAUCAUAAGGAAGUCAUCGCCGCAGCGACUCUCAAACCAAUCUCUCCGGGCGCAAUGGGACCACCUACAAUGCCAGCAUCUGCCUACAAAAAGCGACCGCAUACGCCUACUAUCAAGACGAACAGCAACACUCUCACCCCCAGGACAGGCGGAACCACACCACGCGUACGCCGACAAUCGCAGCGCAGCGGAGCUUCUUCGCCUCUUAGCCGGAGGUCCUCACUGUCGUCGUUCACCUCGGAGAUUGACCAGCGCUUCAACAUCCCAGGCGGCCCGUCUUUUGCUGCAAAUGGACUGCCGCCUGGCGCGACAGAUCCGCGCAUGAUACAGGCCAUCACUCAGACCAUGAUCGGCGAGUACUUGUGGAAGUACACCCGCAAGACCGGGCGUGAAGGCAUGUCUGAGAACCGCCAUCGCCGCUUCUUCUGGAUCCAUCCUUAUACCAGGACGCUGUACUGGAGCGACCGAGAUCCUCAGAGUGCUGACAAAACGACGUUAAAGGCUAAAAGCGUUGCUAUCGAAUCUGUUCAAGAAGUUGAUGACCCUAACCCUCUACCUCCCGGACUUCACCAGAAGAGCUUACUCGUCAUCACGCCUGGUCGAUCCAUGAAGUUUACUGCUACAACAGGUCAAAGGCACGAGACAUGGUACAACGCGUUGAACUAUCUAUGCCAACGGGUCGACGAGAGUGAACAGCAGAAGUCGCCUGCAAAGUCUGAUCAGGAGCACAAGGCAGCCACCGAAGAUGAGAUCCAGGACGAAUUCAAUGGCGGAUACCGCAGCUCCUCUCGGCAAACAGGGCGCUCAAGAGGCUCCAUGGCGUCAUAUGCAACCCGGAGGACGUCGUCUCGCGAUUAUGGCCAAGUACCUACGAUUCGACAGUCGCAUGUUACACCACAUCGUGCAACAUCAACCGAGCCACUAGUGCAUGGAUCUGUUUCGAGCCGUAUCAACAGCAUGCUCCGACCCAGUGUCUCUGCUCUGCGAGGAUCGUUUACGAGCCGGCGAAACAGCAGGACCAGCGCUACAGAGUCUGCCAUGUACGAAGAGCCUAGCGUCUCGAAUAUGGAGCUUAGUCGGGACAUCCAUGAACACGUAGAGCGCGACCAGGAUUUCAUGCCUAAUGUCCGAGCAUGCUGCGAUGGUAAGAUUCUUUGA